GCCCCGGCGUUCUUCCCCGUCUCCUAGCAACCGCGAUGGACCGCGAGGAGGAAGGGCGCGAAUACCUGGCGCAGCACAAAAUCCCGGACCUCCUGCACACCUUGACCGCCUUGCUGCUCUUCCACCGCCCAGACAGGCCCAGGGAGUUCUUGAUCAGAACCCUGGAGAAAAUAAAGCUGGCAAAGCUGACCAAUUCGGAGUAUCCCUGCCUUAUGGAUGACUCGAACCUGGAUGCCAUGUUUGGGAUGCUCGACGUGGAAGGCAGAGGCUCCAUCAAUAUGGCGCAGUACAAAGGAGCACUUGAAGCAUUGGGACUAAGUAGUACGGAUGAACCCUAUGAAGAAACGGACUUAAUUACACAAAUCGUCUUUAAGGAAAAUGUGAUGAAAAAAUUCGCAGAAAUGUGGGCAGCUUUUUGAUCUCAAAUUUGCUGAUGCUGAACCAAUUCUGAUUUUACCUUCUGAAAAAUUAUUGCACGUAACGAUUGUCUCUGGCUGUGUCAAUUAUAUUGCCAUUGUGCAAAAUAUGGAAUUUCAUCUUUCCUUCAUCAAAGUUAAGUUUUUAUAUAAACUUUUGUGAAAUAAAUGCCGAUCACCUUAUAAGCAAAA